AUGUCGACUGGCACAGUUACCUUCACGGCGCCCUUGUCCCAGGGAUUCGGAUAUGGUAUUAUCCUGGGUCUUGGGUUUGCCUUUGCUCUUCUCAUGAUCUUUAUUACCUGGGCUUUAAAGCGAUACCAGAAUGAAGUUCAAACUUCCGAAAUGUUCUCGACUGCAGGCCGCUCCGUUAAGUCCGGUCUUGUCGCUGCUGCAGUAGUAAGCAGUUGGACAUGGGCAGCAACACUCCUCCAAUCUUCGGCAGUAGCAUACAAAUACGGUGUCUCAGGUCCAUUCUUCUAUGCAUCCGGUGCAACAGUUCAAAUCCUCCUUUUCGCAACGAUCGCCAUCGAGUUGAAAAGACGAGCCCCCAAUGCGCACACGUUCCUCGAAGUUAUUCGCGCACGCUACGGCACAACGGUCCACGUUGUCUUCAUCGUCUUCUGUCUGAUGACCAACAUCCUUGUCACAGCUAUGCUGUUGACUGGUGGAUCUGCAGUCAUGACAUCCUUGACUGGAGUCUCCACUACCGCCGCUUGUUACCUGCUCCCUAUCGGUGUUGUUCUGUAUACCCUUUUCGGUGGUAUCAAGGCGACUUUCAUUACCGAUUAUAUGCACACUGUUGUCAUUCUGGUCGUCAUCUUCCUCUUUGCGUUCUCAGCUUACGCGACUAACGCUGAGCUGGGCUCGCCUAGCGCAGUCUAUGAUGCCCUCGUUAAGGCUGCAAAGCAGCACCCUGUUGAGGGCAAUGCCGAGGGCAGCUACCUGACUAUGCGAUCGAAGGAGGGUGGUAUCUUCUGGAUCAUUAACUUGAUCGGUAACUUUGGAACUGUCUUCCUCGACAACGGUUACUACAACAAGGCUAUUGCUGCAAGCCCCGUCCACGCUUUCCCCGGCUACGUUAUCGGCGGUCUCUGUUGGUUCGCCAUUCCCUGGCUCUGCGCUACCACCCUGGGAAUCUCAGCUCUCGCUCUUGAAGGCAACGCCCGCCUUAGCAGCGACGACGUCACAGCCGGUCUCGUCCUCCCCUUCGCAGCCGUCAAGCUCCUCGGAUACAGUGGCGCAGUCGCAACAACCCUCAUGAUCUUCAUGGCCGUGACUUCCGCCUUCUCAGCACAGCUCAUCGCCGUGUCGUCGAUCUUCACCUACGAUAUCUACCAGGCUUACAUCAACCCGCAAGCCAAGGGCAAGCGCCUCGUCUGGGUCUCGCACAUGUCCUGUAUCGUCUACUCUAUCAUCAUGGCUAGCUUCGCCACCGGUCUCUACUACGCCGGUAUCGGUAUGGGCUACCUGUACCUACUCAUGGGUGUUAUCAUCUCUUCUGCCGUGUUCCCCGGUGCCAUGACCUUGCUCUGGAAGGGCCAGAACUGGAUUGCAGCUGCUGUGUCUCCUCCCCUUGGAUUGGCUAUUUCCUUGAUUGCUUGGCUGGUGACUGCCUCGAAGCAAUAUGGUGUUUUGACUGUGACUACCACCGGUGACAACUACCCCAUGCUAGCGGGUAACGUCGCCGCUCUCCUCAGCCCUGUCAUCAUCUCCCCCGUCCUUACUCUAAUCUUCGGCUCUCAAAACUACGACUACGUGUCCAUGCGCCAAAUCCGCAGGGUGGACGACUCGGAAGUUGCCGCAGACGCACACGUCGACAUUGAGCUUGUUCCUGGUGAACAUGGACCCAGUGAUACUGAGAACGAAGAGGAAAUUCGCAAACUCAACAAAGCCGCUCUCUACUCCCGCACAUUGACCGUUUUCAUGGCCUUCGCCAUGCUGAUCCUCUGGCCGAUCCCGAUGUACGGUACCUCGUAUGUCUUCAGCAAGAAGUUCUUCACUGGCUGGGUUGUUGUCGGUAUCCUAUGGCUGUUCUGCACACUGUUUGGUGUCGUUGUGUUCCCGCUUUACGAGGGACGUGAGAGUAUUGUGCGCGUUGUUCGGAUGAUGGCCAAUGAUGCUAUGGGCGUAAGGCCUGCCGUUUACCGGGGAAGGAAGGCGGAUGAGAUGCAGGCUUCUGGGGUUGCGACGCCGACAGAGGCUAUUGGGGAGAAGGCUAAGGAGGCAGAGUCCUCAGCUUAG